CGGCCAUAAUUUUUUUGAUUGAAUGUUCAAAAGUGCAGAGUUAAGUUGAAGUGGAACUAAAGUGAAAGAAAAAACGAGAAAGACUAAUCAAACGACCGAAAGGCAAGUGGACGCAUUUCCUGCUCCACAAAAAGUUGAUAAAGAAAAAAGAUAUAUUGGUUGAAAACUAAAAAGAAUUUAAUUAAAAACGUGAAAGGUGUUACGAGUUGUUAAAAAAAAUUACUUGUAAAGAGAGAAAAAGCUGAAACAGCACACCGAAAAAGCUGAAUUACACUUUUAGCAAUUGUCACCAGCUGCUGCUGUCCACCAAUUACUCUGACACUUGCAUUCCAAGGUUUGGAGAUAACCAUUAAGGGAAUAUGGAAGUUUAACCUAGGAAACAGCACAUAGGGAAAGGAAGGAGGUGGUAGUAUUUCUAAGAACCUCGUCUUUUAAAUUAUUAGCGCCCACAGUUGAACGCUUGCCGGUCAUCGACGCGCCUCAGUGGGCUAUCGUUCGUCCAACCAAUCGCAACUAUACGCUAUACCAAUAUCCAUUUGCAGAGCUACAAAACGAAAAAUAUCAACAACUACAACAACAUCAUCAUCUCCCCAAACCGCUGCAGCAACGGAAAAAAAUGUCCAGCGAAGAGGACAAACCACCAGCGCCGCCAGUGCGUUUGACCAGCAAUCGCGGUGGCGAUCGUAUCGGCGGUAGUGCCAUCAACACGGGGGUUGUUGUAGGCGGUACUGGCGAUGGACCACCCGUCGAUAUGCGCCCGUUGCCCAAAGAGCCAGAUGAUCCCGAUCGCAAGAAAAAGACACUAAAAAAUAAGAUAAAAGGUUCGAAGCCCUCGCAUACAGACUCUAAACCGAAUAUAUCUUAUCCCACGAAUUUCGAGCAUACCGUACAUGUGGGCUUCGACGCGAUCACCGGUGAAUUUACGGGCAUGCCGGAGGCGUGGGCGCGUCUACUGAUGAACUCAAACAUCAGCAAACAAGAGCAGAAGAACAACCCACAAGCUGUGUUGGAUGUGCUCAAGUGGUUUGACAAUACAACAAAGCAGCGGCCAAGUUCCAAAUACAUGACAAAUGCCAUUACGACGCAUUCAGGCUCCUCGCUAAGUCGCGUUAGCAGCAGCAGUCCCAGCAGCACACCAACAGACUCGGAGUUACACGCUUCGAAUAGUGGCGGCAAUUUAAUUGGCGUCAAUCUCAGCAAUCUAAGCCUUGGCGGUACAAAUGCAAAUACGAAUGCCAACACUGUCGGUUUGAUCGGUCAAUUGGGCGGCAGCAUUGGCGGUGGCAUCGGUGGUGUGGGGCCGACGGUACAUGGCAAUCACCAUCAGACACAUAGUGGCGCUUUGAGUCAAUCACAUUCGUAUAAUUUCGGUGGCAAUACGGCCUCCUCAUCUUCGCAACAUUCGUCCGCCAAUGAAGAUGAUAUAUUGGGUGCGCCUCAACCGGCGCCACCGCCAAUCGCAUCGCGGCCCGAACGCACGAAAUCGAUCUAUACGCGUCCCAUUGAGGGGGCCGUGUCUGUGACGGAGGGCAUUGAACAUUUGCGUGCGGUCACGCCAACCGCGCCGCUACAACAACUGCAACAGCAGCAGCUGCAGCAACACCAACACCAGAACAAUGUUGCGCAACCGCAACAGCAACAAUACCGCAUGCCGAAUAUCGCAAUUGCGACAACCGCAGGAGUCGCUGCCGCAGCGGCAGCAACAAGUGCGACAACAACAACCACGUUGGAUAAGAACAAAAAUAACGAAACAGCAGCAGCAAAGUCAGCAACAGCAACGUCCGAGUGCGUUGCGACUGCGCCGCCUCUGCCACAGCAAACUGUUGAGCCUGUCGCUACGCAUGCAUCGACAUCCAUUUGUAAUAUAACCGCAACGUUGUUGACUACGUCGACGACCAUUGCCAGUAAUCUUGAUAGCAAUACGAGUGUUAUUGGUGUCAUUGGUACUUGUUCUACUUCUAUCAUUACUGCUACUGCUACUGCUAGUCCUACUAACAUUGCAACAGUUGACACAACUACUACUACAACAACAAGAACAACAACAGCUACUAACUCCACUGCUAGCACUCAUUUGCAAUUUAUCGAUUGUAAUGCAACGACGACUAAUCACGAUUCUUCUGCUUCCUCCUUUUCAUCGUUUCCAUCAUUUAAUGACGAUGCGUCGCUGCUGCCACCCAUCUAUUGUCCAUCGGUGUCUUCCUCCAUCUGCGAAUCUGUGGCGAUGUCAACGCCCCCACCACCACCCUUACCGACGCCUACUACCAUGACAACCACAACAAUAACUCCGGCCACACCAAUCUCCGGUGGUGAACUAACAUCUGCCGCUGUACAAAUAUACGCCACACCAAUUGGUGGCGACACCUCGUCUUCAGACCUCUAUACUACCGAUCCAAAUACGAAACGUUUGACGGGCUCACCAGCAGCAGUGCCACAACCGCAACAGGCGAACACGACACCGGCACAAUUGGUGACACCAUCAGCGGUGGCACCGAGCACGGCGGCUACAGCAGCUCCACAGCCACGCUCCGGCACCGCCAAGAAGAAGAAAAUGUCCGAUGAAGAAAUAUUGGAGAAAUUACGCACUAUCGUUUCGGUUGGUGAUCCGAAUCGCAAGUACACCAAGAUGGAGAAGAUCGGACAGGGCGCAUCGGGCACGGUAUACACAGCGAUCGAGUCGUCAACGGGUAUGGAAGUGGCCAUUAAGCAGAUGAACUUAUCGCAACAACCGAAAAAGGAACUAAUCAUCAACGAAAUACUUGUUAUGCGAGAGAAUAAGCAUCCGAAUGUGGUGAAUUAUUUGGACAGUUAUUUGGUGUCCGAGGAAUUGUGGGUGGUGAUGGAAUAUCUGCCAGGUGGUUCGCUCACCGAUGUCGUCACGGAGACGUGCAUGGAUGAGGGUCAAAUAGCGGCAGUUUGUCGCGAAGUGUUGCAGGCCUUGGAGUUCCUACACUCCAAUCAGGUGAUACAUCGUGACAUCAAGAGUGAUAACAUACUGUUGGGCCUGGACGGCUCGGUGAAGCUGACGGAUUUCGGUUUCUGUGCGCAAAUCUCGCCAGAACAGUCGAAACGUACAACAAUGGUGGGCACACCGUACUGGAUGGCACCGGAGGUGGUGACGCGCAAACAAUACGGACCCAAGGUCGACUUGUGGUCACUCGGUAUUAUGGCUAUUGAGAUGGUUGAGGGUGAGCCGCCCUAUCUGAAUGAGAAUCCAUUGAAAGCCCUGUACCUCAUUGCCACAAAUGGCAAGCCAGAAAUCAAGGAGAAGGAGAAACUAUCGACAGUAUUUCAAGAUUUUCUAGAUCAGUGUUUGGAAGUCGAUGUCGAACGACGUGCGAGUGCACACGAUUUGUUGAAGCAUCCUUUCCUGAAAUUAGCACGUCCAUUGGCUAGCCUAACGCCUCUUAUUAUGGCCGCCAAAGAAGCCGCUAAAGGAAACUGAUUAAAGAAGAAGCAUUAAUUUAUUUUACAUAAAAGUGAUGAAAUUAGAACUUAAAACACUUGAAAGAAAACAAAAAACAAAUAUAUAUACAUACAUACAAACAUUUAAACAAUAACAAUAAAACUAGAAACGAAAUUUAUGUAAUUCAUAACACCACGACACGAAGGCAACACGAACAGUUACACUUGCAUAGCUGCAGUUUAGACACACGUAUUAAAUUGAGAUACAUAUAUGUAUAUCGAUCAUAUAUUUACGUUUUAUUAAGCGCAAAAUGAGAGCAAGGCACGCAGUCGUUUUAUUUUAGCUAUAUAGCAUAUAUAGUUUGUACCAUAAAUUGCGCGUGAGUUCCGAAAAUGGGCCAAGGUGUUGCACAGCACACAGAAAUCAGCAUGUGGUAAUGAUUGUAAGGAUUGGAGAAUACAAACAUACGAAAUUGUAAUUACUUUUCGCAUUUGAUAUUGCUAUAUAAUGUAUUAAAAAUAAAUGUUACCAUAAUUAUUUAUAAAUUUAGCGCGGCACAAGUGUUGCUGCUAUAUUAUUUUGAAAAUUAUCAUUGAAAAAAAAUUAAUUGUUUCGUUGAAAACUAAAAUAUAUUAAAAAUUCAUAUAAUGCAUUACUCGCACAUAUUACCUUGCAUUACGCGGGUGUUUUCAAAUGUAUUUUAAAUUCAUUGGAAGAAAUUAAGUUUUAUUUUUGUAGGUUUAACAUUUUAUAUCACCUGGUUGGCAUUUUAAAUGUCUCCUUGCGUAAUAUUUUAUUUCAUUUCAUUUGAUUUGUAUUUAAAUUAAUUAUUGUUAUUAGUACUUUAACGUGAGAAAGAUUACAUACAUACAUUUAACAGAGAAACUGAGACAAUUUUUGUAAGACUAUGUCAUUCUAAUUACAUACAAUUUAAUUAUAAUUAGCAUUUUAUACAUAAUUAUAAAUUAUAAUUAACGAAAGUUAAGUAAAGUAAACAAACAAACAAGCAGAAGUAACACCUUAAAAUGUUCUACUACUUACUGACAUCUUUUUAUUUAUAUAAUAUAUAUUUGUAAUUAUAGAAAACUUCAAAGCAAA